CACAUUUUUUUUUUGGUUUUAGAUUAUUAUUAUUAAAUAAUUAUUAAUUAUCAUAUAAUGCCAUUUUUGACGCUUUUUUUCAUUCACUAAAGACUUUACCAUUGUUUACAGGUUAAGAACUAUUAUUAAUCGAUACAUAAACAAUAAAAUGUUAACAAUGUAAACAUAUUAUUUUAAAAUGCAUAGAUUUCAACGUGAUUUGAGUGCCAUUGUACUCGAUGAAAUAGCUUUAGAAGGACUGGAUGGUAUUACUAUAGAAGCACUAUGUACAAGACUUUCAGUUCGUCCUGAUUGGCCCAUCAAACUUAUUGAUGGAUCUGUAAAAACAAUAAUAUGGUCAAUCAUAGUGUGUUUAAAAGAUGUAGAGUUUUAUAGACUCCAAAACCCUAGAGAACCAUUAGUGAUUUUCAACAGAUAUGAGUACAUUCACAGUAAAUUUGGCUCUAUUUACGAACCUAAAAAUAUGCCUAAAGAUAUAUACCCAAAUCACUGUAUUGAAGAUGGUCCAAUUAUGGGAUCUUGUAAAGACUAUUAUACAAGAUUUAAUCUUGGAACAUUCCCUAGGAAAAUUACAGUUGAAGAAGCUGAAAAACGGUGGAGUAGAUGUUUGGUAAUUGUGGCCUCUCAAGAAACUCGAAAAAAAGCUUUAAUUCCAGAAGAAAAACAAUUUUCUUUAAAUCUUCCAGUUCGAACCUACUUAGUUUUAGAAAGAAUAGGACGGUCACGUUACUUAGGAGAAGCAUCUCAUGGUUCACAUUCAUUAAGAAAUGUUUUUCCUGAUUCUAAAGCAUUAUCGUAUAUAAGGAACCGAUUAACUCUUGAUGGUUUGAUAAAAAAUCAAAUAAUUUCAUAUGCUGGGAAUAGUUCUCAGAUGUCCAAUCGAGUUGUAGUUUCAAGUUUAGUAAGAUUUUUUAUAAAACAGCAGUCGAUAAUUGAUGUUAUGGUAUCUAAAAUUGUGGAUUAUUUAAAAAAACAGCCAAAUCAAAUAGCUACUUAUGAUCAAGUUAAAACAGCGUGUAGUGUUAGUUUAGCUAAAACAUUUAAGCAGCCACAACUUAAAAAAUUGUGUGAUACUAAUCUGAUAUUAAAGUAUAGAGAACUUUUUCCAAAUGCUACUAUAAAUGAAUAUUUAAGUAAAAAAGAGCCAAGAACAGAAAAAGUCCUUAGAUGCAUUCAGUUGAAGUGUAAUAAUAAACCUGACAAUCUUAAUUCAGAGCCAGAAACAGUUGUAACAUCUAAAGACCGUGAAUUCAAACUAGACUGUUCCUUUGAGAGACAAAUUCUUAGAUGGAUUGAAAACCAGAGUGACGGUGCUACACUUUCAGAAAUUUCUCGCAAAUUCAGGUUUACCUCUGAUGGUAAUUUAAAUAAUAUUUUAAAACAUCACAUCAAGUUGGGCAAUCUUAGUAAAAAUCAUUGUGACCGAGGCCGUUCUAAAGCUCAUGUUUAUUAUGCUAAAAAUCAUUAUCCAACACCAAAUAUUAAAUGUGAAAAUGUUGAUCAACAAAAUGUUCUUACCUAUAAAGAUGAAUUGGAGUUACAAGAACACACUUUUGAAACGGGGGCACAAUUUGAUGGUACAGUCCUGAAUACUGCUGGUGUGUCACUAGACAAUAAUAUAAACAAUACAGAAAAUAAUAUUGACUUGCAAGAAAAUAGUCAAAAAGAUAAUUCAAAUAUAGAUAAUACUGGUAAAAAAUUAGAUUCAACUAUUUCAAACAGCCCAAGUAUUUCUAGCAACACAUCACCACCUAAUGUAUUAAUAAUAAAUGAUGGCUGUAAAAAUAAUGCAGAACAAACAACCACAAGAACAAUGGAGUAUGGGUACUGUCAAAAAUUAUUUGAAACUUCUAAACAAAGUGUGUCUAUGACUGAUCGUUUUUUCUUCCGACAGAGAAUUAUAUUCAAUUUGUUAAGUAAAGAUAAUAUAAUUAGUUUAAUAAACUUAAAAAAGACAAUUAUUAGUACAGAAAAAGAAAAUCCAAAAUUUAUUGGUACCCUUGAUGUUAAAACAUUAAUAAAAAUUGUUGGCUAUUUUGAAACUAAAGGCAGAUUACAAUCUGUUUUGUACAAAGUUAGUUAUGGAACAAAAACUAUUAAUCAAACAUUCGUCGCUACCCCCAGUGUCAAUUUUUGUCAGCCAGACAUUAUUUCAUACAUGAACAGUUUCUUAAAUAGAUUUAAUAAUACAUUGAAAACAACCAAGGCAAAUAAAAAGUGGAAUUUAACUGUGCAUAAGUCUCCAGAACCAAAAAUUGAUAUAUUUAGUCUCAAACUACCAAGAUUUAUGAAAAUGAGAUCAUUACAUGAGUAUCUAUUUUAUAUUGUAUACGAUCACCCCAAUAAAAGCUUAGUAAACUCAUGUGAAGAAACUGAAAAAACUGUUUCAAGUUAUAGAAAAGAUUUAGUUCGAGGGGAAGAAGCUCAAAUCCCAAAAGUAUAUAACCCAACUAUUGGUUGGAAAAUGUUUGUGCCUCCAUUACCAAAAUAUCCAAAAUAUCCUGAAGGAUGGUUCUUUGUGAGCGACAUUAUUCAUCAUAUGCCCUUAGAUUUGAUGUUAAAAAUCGUAAAUUUCAAUAAAUCAAAAAUUAAUUUAGAGAAAUUGGCAAUUUACGCUACACAUCCUAUUUAUAAAUACUUACCACUAAUGACCUUGUCCUCUGAAGUUCGCAGCAUGCUAUCACAAGGGUUAAAGAAACACAUUCGAAAUACUUUAAAUGUUUUACGCCUAUUAUGUACUAUAGGCUUGGUACAAUUUGGUCCAAAAACCUACAGAGAUACUGAAUUGAUUUACGCUUAUUUAAAUAGACGAGCCUGUCUUUUAAAUACUGUUCAAAGCAGUCCAAGCUACUAUCAAGUAUCUGAUAUGGAGUAUGAACGCCGUUCAUAUGAGUUCUUUAGCAGUUAUGAGAUAGAAAACUAUUGGUUAGACACUUGGUACUUUUGUACAAACACUCCUCUUGGUUAUAGAAUUUCAAAUAUUUCAAAUAAACUCAAACGUCGAGAGAUGCUUCAAAGAACUAAGGAUGUCAUAGAAGAAUGUUGUGCAUCAAGAAGUACAUUGGAAGCUGUAUCUCAAGAUAAUGGUACUAUACCUGGUGAUAAUAAAGGAGCUGCUGGAUUUGAUAGCCAUUUAUAUUCACAUCUUACUAGAAACUGGAAUAUGAAAAAAAAAAUUUUGGCUCCUAAAAAAAAAACUAAAUUAAAUAUUUUGUUAUUACAAAGAAUGCAAAAACAUCGUAAAAAAAAAGAAACCAAAAAAGCAGAAAUUACUUCCAAUAAACUAUAUCAAAUGAGAUAUAAAUGGACACCUGGCGAAGAUAAUGUGCUGCUAUUUUGGAAAAUAGGGACUUUUCUUAUUAAACAAGUCAAGAGUCAUGCAUUUCUUUCAUAUGGUAUCAAAGACAUUGUAAAAACAGUUUUUGGAAAGUUUUAUCGUAUGAAAAGUGUUGACAAUUAUCUUCGACGUAUACGUUACCUAAUGAGGAACUCAUUGAUUGAGAGCAAAGUUAACAAUUUGUAUGAAAAUCUUAAAAAUGAUGAAGAAAUUCAAGAAUUAUUUAAAAAUGAUAUUCAAAUGCAGUAUGAACUGCACAAAGCAAAAAAAUUUAAAGCUAUGAGAGAAUUGAUGGUAACGGAUAUUAAGAAACUUGUGUUAUUGUUGCAAGAACGUGGAAUUGUAAUUGAAACCAGAUCUUUACUUCAGCAUAAGAUAGAACAGCCAAUUGAUAAACCCAAUGAUGAAAAAUUAGAUAACUUAAUGUCAGACAUGGAAUUUGACAAUACCUCCAAAUCAUUUGUUGAUUUGCAAAAUAUUAGCCAAGAAAUUGAUUACAAUUUUUCAUUACGUGAAAUUCAAUUAUCUUUGGUUAAUUCUCUUAUACAUAGUUCGUUAAGCAAUCAAAGUAGUGAUCCUAGAAUUUCGUUAAGUUAUUUACAAGCGUUCAAACAGUAUCCGGAUGAAAUUUUAAAGCACGCAUUUGAUAUCAUAAAAGAAGAAAACCUAAUUACGUGCAGUCAGUAUCAUAAAGAAUCCCUCCAAGUUUUGCUGUCUACCUCACAUAUUAUUCAAUCAAAGACUUAUGAUUAUUCAACUAAAUUCAGUAACACAAUUGUUGGGAAAGUAGAUGUGAAUCGUUAUAAAGAAGCUUACCUUACUUACGGAGAAAUUAAAGAUGAUUUGUCUGAAAGAAAAAUGCUCCUACUUUAUCCAUCUUGUGGACUUUGUACAUUAUUUACAAGUUUAUGCACAAGUGGUGUAAUAGAGCUUUCUAUAGAAUUUGAUAAAAAGUAUUUGGAAUACAUGCCUGAUGAAGAAGUUUUAAACACUGGAUCUAAUUGUUUAAAAAACACAUUAAAACGUAUGCGAAGUCGCCAUUUUGACUUGCUUUCAACUAGUAAUGAAUCUGUUGAAUAUUUAAAAAUAAUCACUUCUGUUACAAAACAGUUAAAUAAUUAUCAAGUUAUUUGUAAGUUAAUAAAAUCUAUUCCAAACAUUGAAGCAGAAAUAAAUUCUAUUUUAGAGGAAUUAAUUAGGUGUCCUACUUUUAAUCCAAACAUUCAAGUUCUUAACAAUCUCAAUAAUUUAAGUGAACGCUUAUUAUCUUUUUGUAAGGCAAAAGAACUUAACGGAGCGACACAAAAAGAUAUUAAAGAAUUUUUUAGUAAUAUACCUCUUGAUGUUCUUAUGAAAACCCUAAAAGAUCUAAUGAGCCACAAUUUGGUAUUGAGGGCUGGAAUUGAAUUUCCGAUGUAUGUUCAUUACAAAUUUGCAAACAUGUGGUUGGCGAAAAUACCUAGUGCCAAUUGGAGUUGUAAUGAAGAGACUGAAAAAAAUCAGAUGAACGAAGAAAACAAAGAUGGGUUGUCAGACAUCAGUAUAGGCAGCCCUCCCGCUAAAAAAUUACGAGGAGAACUACUAGUAGAGAAAAAAAGUGAAGACUUUGACCUUAUAAAUAUACGGCCAUGGACGCGAUUAGACUUAACUGUCAACAAACAAGUUAUGGAAUAUUAUUUGAAUUCAGUUUUGUCAAAAAUUAUUAUGAAACCUGGUAUUUAUUUGAAAAAUCUUAAGAAGGAGUAUUUGUCAGUUAUUCCGCCAGUUUAUAUUCGAGAACUUGUCGAAAUGCUAGAAACUAUGAAAUGUGUUAAAAUGAUUCAUAUAAAAAAUAUUCAAAAGCAAUCAAUUUAUUCUAAAUCAUGGCCAGUAUACAACAAUUUAGAAUUGUGCAACGUAGUUGGAUUAGAAGACGAGUCAUCAAUAAUGUUAGAGCCUACCGAGGACUGUGAAUUUAGGUUUGGAUAUUGUUCUAAUAAAUUUCAAUAGAAUUUUAAAUUUAUAAUCUUAAGGUAAAUUAUAAAUUUCUUGUGCAGUAAAUUUUACUUUUAUUCAUUAAAAAAAAAUUAAUGUACAACUGAUUUUUGUGAAAGGUUUUAUAAAACUACUGUGAUACAUAACAACAAGUAAUUAAAUAUAUAUAUACUUUUUUAAA